UUUGUGAGUCAGUGUGACAGUCAACUGUCAUGUGACGUCUUUAGCGCCCUCUAACACGAAUUCAAAACAACAAUUUCUUCUUAAAAAAAGUUACGUUGGGUAUGUGUGUUUUUAUGGUGAAUUUUAUAAUAAAUUUUCUUUUAAAAGAACAUUGGAAGUAAAAUAUGUAUUCAUAUAGCUAAAACAGACUUUAAGGAUUCUAUUCUGCUUAUUUCCAUGGCAGACACGGCGCCCAAAAAGACGAAGGGCGAGAAAAAGGCGCCGAAGGAAGCCCCCGCGCCCAGCGACAAACCCGCAGUCAAAAAAAGGGCACUGAAAAGGCACGGUAGGCUUUAUGCUAAAGCUGUGUUCACCGGUUACAAGCGUGGAUUAAGGAAUCAACACGAAAAUACUGCUCUGCUGAAUAUAGAAGGCACAUCUUCCAAAGACGACAGCUGGUUCUACGUGGGAAAGAAGUGUGUGUACGUAUAUAAGGCCAAGAACAAGACCUGUGUUCCUGGAAAGCCAAAAUCUGUAAAGUCCAAAGUGAGGGCCAUCUGGGGCAAAGUGACGAGGCCACAUGGCACUAGAGGUGCAGUCAGGGCGAAGUUCAAAAGAAACCUGCCCGCCAAAGCUAUGGGGCAUCGUAUUCGCAUUGUAAUGCUGUUCCCAUCAAGAAUAUAGUUUUUAUAUUAUGACAUAAUGUUUACUAAAAAUAUCAAUAAACCAUGUUUAUUGAUAAGUGUGUAUUUCUUUAUUCAGCAAAACUUUUGAAAAUGUAACAUUGUAAUAAUAGUCAAACCACUGUAUUUAAAAAAAAUAUAUCUAACAGUAAGGAAUUUGCGCUCCUUAUGUGCGACAGUAAAAUUAAAAUGAACAUUAAAUGAAAUAAUUAUAUUAAAGAACUCAAGUUAGAUCAAAUUUGCAGACAACUUGGGUAAGGUGAAGUGAUUUUAAACUGAGACUGUGCUGAUAAUGAAUAAUGCAUAUAGCUUUUAUGGCUCAGAAAAUGGCUGCCAAGCUUUAUAAUAGAGAACUUACUAUACAUAAUAUAUACCCUAUUUCACGGUAGAAUGACAGCUGGUUAUCUAGUAAUAUUUCAAAAUUCCCCAUGUCAAACGACACAAUUCUAACGGAUCCGUCAAUGCCAGAUAGUCAUAUUUUUGUUUUUUUGUACACUACAGAUUCAUUUUAUGAUUGCUAAAAACGUUCAUUUGCAUACAAAUUUUUGCUAGAUUUACCCCCGAUUCAUUAUAGCCAACACAAAAAUGUCACUUGCUGAUCAGCUGUUCACCUCGGUAGACGUCAAAGCGUGAUGGAUACUCAUGAAAUAGGGUGAAUGCUUGAUUGGAUAGUCUAUUAGCAUACUUCUACUGUUUUUGUUAUGAGUAUCAAAAGAAAAAAAUGUCCAGG